UUAUACCUGCCGGUAUAUUGGAUAGUGGGUCUAUUUAUUCCUGUGUUAUGUGUUUUUAAAAUUUUAUAAUAUAAUAUAAUCCAUAUCAUCCUUCGGGAUAUUUUGUUUUUGUAUAUUAAAACUAGAUCCUAGUGGAUAGUUUGAAUUUUGUAAUAAAUGUGUCGGUGAAGAAAAUUUUUAUCUUCACCAAUGGGGACUAACCACCAAGUCCCAUUAGAAGGAUUAUUAUAUCUAUACUUCUAAGAACUUGAUCAUGAUAUCUAUUUGUUUUUAAAGUUAAAUCCAAUCUAACACAAAAUGUAAAAUCACAGGUCUUGUCACUGGGAGAGCACGGAAAUAAAUGUUACCACAACAUUAUUGAACUUGUGGAUAAAAUAAAGUAACCUUCAUUAAAUUAUUGUUUGAAUGGUAAUUUGGAAAUUAUUUAUCAUAUCAGCACGUGUGACCAACAUUCAUAUAAACUAAUAUAUACAUUUUAUACCUAAAUUGAUAAGAACAAUAUUUGUUAUAAAUACGGUAGUCAAAAAAAAAAAUUACGUGAAAAUGAUUCGAAUUAUCCUGUUGCUAGUGGUUUUCGCUUCAUCAGAAGCUAAGUUAUUUGGUUUUGAUAACAAUGCCUGCAAAAACUGGUCAGACUAUUUCACUGUAAAUAUUUCUCCAAACUGCUGGUAUGAGCCAGAUGUACGGGCAACAACUAAAGAAAGAAUUAAGAGGCAUUUCGGUGUAAAUGGUUAUGAAACCCAUGAAGUACAAACCAAAGAUGGCUAUAUUUUAUUAAUGUUCCGAAUCUUGAGAGAAAAUCCUAAAGGUAUUGUUGUGCUCCAACAUCCUAUUAGUUCGGAUGGUAGUAUCUGGAUGGACCAGGGCAACGCAUCAACUGCAAUAACAUUCUGGGAACAAGGAUAUGAAGUUUGGAUACCAAAUCAUAGAGGAACUUGGUACUCCGAAGGACACGUAAAUUUAACCAUUAACGAUUAUAACUAUUGGAAUUGGACGUUUCACGAAAUUGGAAUUUACGAUUAUGCAGCAUUUUUUGAAAAAAUCAGCGAAGUUACCAACAGCAAUGAUCUGAUAUUUGUUGGACAUUCCAUGGCAGGAUCAUCAUCACUGGCUUAUGCGUCUCUAUAUCCAGAACAUGCUCAGAAAUAUUUAAAAAUACUUAUUCUAAUGGGCCCUGUUUCAUAUAUGAAAUAUGUUAGGUCACCACUGAAAGAAUUUUCUCCGGCUGUAGACAUGCUUCGGGCUUUUACUAAACGGUUGGGAAUUGGUGGAAUAUGCACUAAAGACUCUACUUGUAUAAAAUUAAUCACUUGGGCUUCAAACUUACCAAUAAAGGAUCUGGUUGUAGCCAUUAUUAUGGUGUUUACAGGAUGGACGCCUGGAGAGUUUGAUCCGCCAUUAUAUUAUUACAUGACAACUGGACUGAAAGGUACAGGACUUGGUGUUUAUUAUCAUUACGCACAAAUUGUGAAUGCCGGAGGCAAAUACCAAAUGUGGGACUAUGGAGAACAAGGCAAUUUAAUCGCAUACAAUUCGACAACUCCUCCAGAAUAUCCUGUGGAAAAUAUAAACGUCCCUGUCUAUCUCGUUACAAGUUCCAGUGACUCUUGUGGCACAGUAGGAGACUCACAAAUUUUAUACAGCAAGUUACCAAAGACUACUAGAACGUACGGUAAAUUUGAGACUACAGGGCUUAACCACAUAGAUGUCCAUUGGGGAAAGGACAGAAAUAAAGUGUAUGACAGAAUUUUUAAUCUAAUUAAUAAAAUUUUAUAAGAAAAUGAGUAGUAAAUAAUAAAUAUAUUUUAAUA